AUGUUUACGUGGAGAUGGGAGCGAGCAGAGGCCGCUGGUAACACUGCGCAUUGCUGUGUGUGCAGGGGCCGGCAUGGACGAGGAGGAGCAGGAGAGGAAGAGGAAGCUGGAGGCCGGCAAAGCCAAGCUUGCCCAGUUCCGGCAACGCAAGGGACAGACUGACGGCCAGAAUACAGCCAAGAAGAGCAAGAAGAAGAAGACGUCCUCCAGCUCCAAGCAGCGCGACAACUCUGAACUAGUGUCAGAAGCCGGCUUGUCCCAGAGAGAUGACGUCCUGUCCCAGACCGCUCCUGGUGGAGCAGCCACCACUGCCGAGUUCACCAUUAUGAGAACGCUGCCCCAGGGGGAAAUGAUUCAGCAUGACAAGACUUACACCAUAGAGCCUGAGAGUGAAGUUUCCACCACCGCUGAGGAUUAUAGUUCUGAGGUAGUUGAUGGCGGCUUUCCGUUACUGACCAGCAGCUCUGCACACGUACUAUGGGAGGAAGAAUUUGGGGUCCGGGAGACUUAUUCCGAACACGGCACCCAGAGUUCUCAGGCGCGGCUGGAGGUGAUGGAGGAUGAACUGGCCGGGAAGCAGCACGAGAUCGAUGAGCUGAACAGAGAGCUGGAGGAGAUGAGGGCAGCGUACGGCACGGAGGGGCUUCAGCAGCUUCAGGAAUUUGAAACUGCCAUAAAGCAGAGAGACGGGAUCAUCACCCAGCUCACCACCAAUCUCCAGCAGGCGCGGAAGGAGAAAGAUGACAUCAUGAGAGAAUUCCUGGAGCUUACGGAGCAAAGCCAGAAGCUGAAGAUCCAGUUCCAACAUCUACAGGCAGGCGAGACCUUGAGAAAUACCAGCCACUCCAGUACCGCGGCAGAUCUCCUGCACUCGAAGCAACAAAUACUCACCUAUCGGCAGCAGCUGGAUGACCGGGACCACCACCUCAGUCGGUGCCAGAAGGAGAAUGAGGACUUGCGGACACAAGUUAUGUCCCUGCAGGAUCAGAUUCACAGUUUACAACAGGGAGAGGCUACUGUAUGGAUAUUAAAAAGGUCUGUGAGCAAAAUUUUAAAUAGAUGUAUAAUUGAAAGUUGUUCAGCAUCCAAUUGUCUACAUAAAUAA